ACUUUUCUCUUUUUUAGUAAAUUAAUUAUUUUAGGGUGUGGGUGUGAGUAUGAGAAGUUUGGGUGCUGCAAAGACAGACGCACACCUGCCAGUGGUCCAGAGUAUGAGGGAUGUGGCUGUGCGGAAUCUGAGUUUGGCUGCUGCCCGGAUGGUGUUACACCUGCCACUGGAAAGUUCUUUGAGGGCUGUCAGGAUGAAGUUUCUAUUAUACCAGGAGAGGUGUGUGGCUAUACUAAAGACAGAGGCCCUUGCACCAACUUCACAGUUAAGUGGUUCUUUGACAUGGAUUAUGGUGGCUGUACUCACUUCUGGUAUGGUGGAUGUGAAGGAAAUCUUAACAAAUUUAAUACACAGGAAGAGUGCAAGUCUGCUUGUGUUGAACCUGAGGGAAUGGGGGUUGAUUCAUAGCUCCUGGACCUACCUCUUCUCUGGUUGCUACCAGGCCACUCCUCCUGCUCCAUGAGCUUUAUCAUAUCUCUUCUUAAAGCUAUGUAUGGAUCCUGCCUCCACUACAUCACUUCCCAGACUCUUCCACUUCCUGACAACUCUGUGACUGAAGAAAUACUAACAUCCCUGUGAUUCAUCUGAGUCUUCAACUUCCAACUGUACUCACCUAUUUGUGGUUGCAGGGGUCGAGUUAUAGCUCCUGGCCCCACCUCUUCACUGUUUGCUACUAGGUUCUCUCUCUCCCUGCUCUAUGAGCUUUAUCAAACCUCGUCUUAAAACUGUAUGGUUCCAGCCUUCACUACAUCACUUUCUAGGCUACUGGUGAUCGUCACAUGGAAUUUUGUCACUGCCGUUAGUUAUAUGCUUAAUCAUUGUUUUCAGCUUUUUUCCCCUCUGAUAUAUAUAAACAACUUGUUUGGAUUUGAAGAUAAGAACAUAAAGGAGGAACACUGCAGCAGGCCAACUGGCCCAUACUUGACAGGUCUUUGUCAAACCCAAACCUACUAACAAAAAUGUUCGCCCAACCCAUUAUGAUUGUUACCUGAGGUAUGAGCUUUGAUAACUCUAAUAACUAAAGUGCAAAUCCAACCCCUCUCACUUGUGUAUUUAUCUAACCUAUAUCUGAAGAUAUGUGAAAUUUCUCAUUUAAUUCCCGUUUACUGGGGUUUGCGUUUAUCCUUCAUUCUUGAACCUCGUGUAGAGGGAAAGCUAUACAAAGUAUCCAGCUUCGUGGCAAGUAACUGAUCAACCAAACUGUUCCGUCACUUCCGUUCUUAGGGACUACCAGUCAUGUUUUUGUAUUCGUUGCGUUUUCUUAUCUUUUGUGAUAUAUUAUACCUAUUGAUAUUCAGAAUAUUGAUUUUCAAUUAUUUACACCUUUCCUCUAUGUCGUUUAUAUUUAGUAGCUGGAUCUACUUUACGUUGGAUCAGAACGACGCACUAUCAACAUCAGUGAAGAUACGUUAUUUAAGACUUUAAUGAGGUUAAGACGUCUUUUGUUUAGAACGAUAUCUUGUGUUAU